AUGGCAUUUAUUUAUAUCCGCUUCACCGACCACGGAGAAUCCUUCACUGUACCAGAGUCCCGCCCAGGUGGGUCCCGGUCCAACGAGGAUCUGUCCUGCUACAACACCGACAGCAACCUGAAUGGCUUCCAACGUUUCGAUGUACCCGAGGCGGC